UAAAACAAAAGUAUAUAUCUGAAUUUCAUCUUGUCAAAUGUUUUUUUUUUUAUUCAAUUAUGAAAAUGAACCUAUUAUCAAUGAGGCCAAACAGAGAGCAAUAGUCAUUCUUACACUCUUGAUACAAAAUUGCCAAAUUAAAAACUGCAUGCUAUGGGAAUUUUCUGUGUCCUGUGUAUUAGACAUCCACCCUCUAUGUUUUAUUUCUUCCUAAAGGUUUUCCAUGGCAGAGGCCGGACGUCCUGUGUCCCAGCUGUGCCCACUAGGGGGGGCUGUUUCCUUGGAAUCUACCCUCUCUGGUCAGUCCGUCUUUGACACGUCCAAGACCUCUACAGAGGCUGCUACGCCCUCCAGACUGGCUGGAGGACCAGGUAACACCUCCCAGGAGGAGCCGAAGGAGGCUGUCAGUGACAUCUGUAAAGAGCAUUUAGCAACCUCUCCUAACAGAGAAACUAACUGCAGCGGUCUGAGGGCCGGGAGAGAGCCUGGUAAACAAGAACAAAGCCAGUCUGAACACUGUGAGCCCCAAAGGGUUUCCAGCCACCCUCCUAGUCUGGCUGAGACGCGUACACCCUCACAUCACCACGAGACAGUCGUGAAUGCAAACAAUGACAACCCUCAGGCUGGCGGGACAGUGCAGACCAUAAACCCAGCCUCCCUACCGAUUCACAGGAGUCCCUCAGACACUUGGCCUCUGGUUAAACAGGGAGUGGCCCCCCAGGCUGCAGUCAGCCACACGUGUAGACUUGCAUACCAUGAUGGAGAUAACAGUGUCCAGGAGGCUGGGAGUCCCUCUAUGUUAGCCUGCAAGCAGCCCACGCAGCUGCAGCAGUGCAACAUCAUCACCACUAUUUGUCGAGGGGUUAGCAGUGGAGAAGGUGUUGUCCAGCUGCCUCCGAGCCGCUGUGUCUGUGUCCCGUUGCCCACGGCAGCAGCCAAAGUGGAGGGUGUUGUGGAAAAGUCCCAUCUUCCCCCUAAAUGUGACAACAAAGCACUCUGCUAUGGCUCCUACAACCAUCAUGUCAAUUUCGAGGACACGUUUGCUGCCUACUGCCAUCCCCAGCCCAUCCCCGCCCCCUCCCAGCUGCUGCCACGCCCGGCGGCCGCGGAGCCAAACUGGGACGUGCAUCGUGCAGCGGCAACUCCUUCAGUGACAAACCAUCUCACCCUGCCUCGCCUCAUCUCCUCUGUCAGCGAGACGGGCCUGGAUGCCAAACACCUGCUGCGCUGCUGCAACCUCAACUGCUCUUGGAUCAGCUUGCUUCCUCCUGGUGCUGGGCCACAGUCCCAAAAACACUUUGGCGGAGAAGAAUGCUGCAGCAGUCCCGUGGGCCAAGUCAGAACCAUCAGCCGGGACAUGGGGACUAUGACAGCGCACAAAGAGCUGAGGGAUGUCGGGGUGCAGACAGGACAGACUGUCACACCCCAUGUGUUCCCCCAGAUCUGUCUGGCAGAGGAGAGCAGGAGUGAGACCUCCUGCAGCCAGACAUCGAACACUGACAGUGACGGAGGCAAGAAACCGGGUGGAGCUUCCAAGUCCCCAGUGAAGGAGGUGAAGUGGGAUGCAGAGGGGAUGACAUGGGAGGUGUACGGGGCCUCUGUGGACCCCGAGGAGCUGGGCCUGGCCAUCCAGAAACACCUGGAGCUGCAGAUCAAGGAGACAGCAAGCCACGCGGCCAAGCUGUCCCGCCAGGACACCAACGCCACCCGGCAGGGCGGGAACACCAGCUGGAAGAGAAAAAGGAGCAGGAUGAUGGGCUCCUUCCGAACCCCGGCCUGCUGCACUCGCAGCACUACAGCUGUGGACUAACUGACCACAACCUGAACACUGUGUACGGCUACUGUCAGCCUCACAUCUGGUAAGAAGGUCUACGGAAGAUAGAAUGAAUAAUCGGCAUACUCUACCAGAAUAUAUGGAAACGCUUCAUAUGAAAUGUUGAUUCAAGAUUUGUUAUUGUUAUGAAAAAGGGAAAUCUAAAAGACAGAGUGCUGAAAAAGAAACUUAUAAUCACCUAACAAGAGCUUUUUCAUCAUUUUGUUGUCUAUGGUUCAAUAUUUCUUAUAUUUCUUCAAUAUUACUAUUGGAAUCCUGAUUCCUGCAGCUGUGCACUGCCAGUGUUUUCAUACCAUACAGGCGUGUCUUCAUAAUAGACACUCGUGCUGUGUAAAGCAAUCUGAUACAAUAAGUACUACUCUUGUAAAGGUUAUAAUGGAUGUGUGGCGUGGCGAAUAUCAUCUAUUUCAAUACAGAGACACCUCAACCCCGCCCACCCCCCCAAUAAAACAAGACCUACUAUUGAUAUGAUGAGAGGGAGUGGUAUCUGUGGCACACGGCAGUGACAUCCCAUAAUCAGUAGUGGAAUAUGCCAGUAGGAUGGCUAUGCUGAGUGAUAUCUGAGUGGCAUAUACCAUUUAAACACCUUUAGUGGCCCGUAGACUUUCCCUUAGCGUCACCCUCAGGAAGACUUUAACCCCACUUUUGGGAAGGCUAUAGCUGCAUCAUAAUCUACAUUAUAUCUGUCCAACACUUUAGUAUUAUUUGUGGGGUGAAAUGAGCAUUGCAUCUCUCUCUCUCUACCGGUAUUGAGGCAGAUGGUCGCCCGCCUGUUUGAGAUUUCUGCCUGUUAAAAUAAAAUUUUCCGCCGCCGCUGUCGCACUAAGUGGAUUUGCUCUUUGGGGGAAUUGUUGGGUCUCUGUAAAUGAUAGAGUGUGGUCUAGACCUACUCUAUUUGUAAAGUGUCCUGAGAUAACGCCUGCUAUAAUUUGACACUAUAAAAAUGAAUUGAAUUGAAUAGCAGCCUACUUAAAUGUUGUUAUUCUUGGAUAUAACAUUUACACAUGGGAAAAGCCAUUUGUGCUGAAACUAUAGUGACGUAUGAAUACACCCAAUAAUAGUAAUUGAAAGCAUAAAACACAUUUCAUUACUCAGUAUCACGUUUAUAUAAUCCAGACAUGAAUCCACUCCACUUUAUUGUCACAACUGUAGAACUGAUGUUAAUGUUAUACAGCACGUAUCAGCUCAUAAAUUGCUUAGUCAUGUAUCGGAAACACCAGUAAUGGGAAAACAUAUAAUUAAAGUGGUAUUAAAAAACUAACACGUGUACAGCAAAGACAAUGAAGAUCCUGAUCAGAGCCUCACAGCGAGCCACUGUGGGCUCCAUUAGUGCCAUCUGUGAAUGAAACGGAGACUAAGAAGGAAACGUGAUUGUUUAUUAGGUUUAUUCAUAUUCCCACUGUAACAAGCAUAUUGUCAGAGUGAAAAUCCAGUUUCAGAGACUUUAUGUUUUGACGUCAAUUACUGUAACAUUUUUAUUAGAAAAAACAAUCAACACUGGAAUUAAUGAAGCAUGUGGAGGUUACCUUGUCAGGUUUUAUAUAAUGUGAAACUUAAAUAUUUUUUUGUUAUACUGUAUGUUGUAAGUAUAUAUAUUUAAUAGUAAUAUAAUUUACAGAAAUUGCAAUGUAAGACAGACUUCAACUUCUGAAACGAACAUUGAAUGUAUUCCUGUUUUCUUCAGUAAUGCUGACCUCCAUUAUUUAUAUUUCCAUUCUGUCUGUUUGUUUCAAAUUGUGUGGAGCUGAACUCGUUGCGUUAUCAGUGUAGCUAUUGACAACCGUGUGGACUCAGAGACAAACAGUUUGCCUCAAGUUUAAAUGAACAGUGGGACAUUCUGAGCAAUCUGUUGACAUUUUGGGGAAACCUUUACCACCUUCCCCAGAUGAGAAUAUGGAGAUCAGUUUCCUCUCUUCAUGUCCGUUACAGAGAUAGACAGUAGGUCUAGGAAGUGUUGGGUCUAGCUUAGCAUAAAGCCUGGAAGCCGACUGCUAGCCUAGCUCCAUCAUAAGAGAAACAAUAUGCCUUAAUGAAGUUGCGGUGGUGACCAAUGUUGUACCUUGGUUGGUGGACCUAUCUGUUCACAGAGAUGAAACCGUUAUUUAUCUGCUCAUCUGACAGGAUUUAUUUACUGAAAAAUAACAUUACCAAUACAGUGGACUACACAAUGUUACGAUAGAGAGAUGCUGACAUAUACAAUGUUUCUAUAUUGUGUUAAGGUAAACUUUUGUUAUUUGAAGAUCUUAUGUUAUGCUGUGUUACGUUAUAAGGAACUACACUCUGUGUCCACUGGGGCUGCACAAUUAAUCGCAAUUUUAUCGAAAUCGCAAUAUGGACAAGUGCAAUAUCCAAAUCAUGGGGGGGGGGGGCAAUAUUUGUUAAAGGCUAAGAAAACUCCCGCACACUGUCUAACUUACAAUAAAAUAUAAAAAAACUUGACCAACUUUACCGAAACGUUGCCUAUUAUUAAACGUCAGAUAUGUUUUGCAAGUUAGACAGCAUACAGGAGUUUUUUUUUUUGUAACUUUUUGACCUGCUUGUCCCCCUCCAACGCACCUGCCUCACGUUGUUGAUGUGCAAAGUAUGUUUCUGUACUUAAGGCAAAACGUGUCAAACCAUUCUGGAUGAAGUAUUGUGGUGCUAGAUGUCUACAGUACAAACCCUAUCCUACAGACUACAGAAAAACAUCUUUGUUUGGUACAGAUCCUUGCAGAAAUUACACUAUAAUGAAAUACAUUUUUGAAAUGCUAAUAUUUUUCAAUGAAAAUGAGAAUAACGAUACAAAAAUGAUCAUUGCCCACAAUAUCGUGAAUCCAAUCGCAAUAUCAGUCAAAAUAAUCGCAAUUAGAUAUUUCCCUCAUAUGGUGCAGCCCUAGUGUCCACUGGUUGAGAUGAAGAACGUCUGUGAAAUUGAGCAGCAAGGUAGCAUUGAACCAGACGGCCUAAUUAGCUAAAAGUUCUCUUUCCCUUCUUUGUUUUCUCUGUAUUCUGCUUCAUACAUUAUGGCUGCUUUUGAAAAGAACUGCAGCAGUAAUCGUUGUUGUUUUGUUUGUGUCGCGGCCCUUUAUAAAUAUAUUUCAGGUUCCACACAGGAAGUAAUGCAGAAUGUCAACUGAGUGUUUAUCAGUCGAAUGUCUUGUCAACAUGUUGUCUAAAUUGAGUAGAUCCAAGAGGAACAUGUCCAAAAUCUUUAUGCCAGCAAUAAAAAUAACUGAAACUCUA